CGCUCGCUGCCUCAGUCGGUGUGUGUUCCCCUGUCAGUGCGGUUCUCUAGUCGUGCCCCCAUCCUUGUUUGUGAGUUUGAGCGCUACUUCUUCUAUCAGUAGCCUGUCCAGUUUAACAGGUCUCCUGGAACUAUUGACCUGUGUCGCCUAUAUCGAGAUAUCUCCUAUUUACUCUGUCAUAUCGAUACGUGAUGUGCUUCUGACGAAUUAGGAAAAAAAUCACAACAAUAAAGGAUUUAAAGUGUGAAGAUGGAAGGAGUAAGCUUACUGUUGAUGAUUGUUUUAACUCUCUCAUAUACUGUUGGGGAUGAAUUGCCUAGAGAGCGCGAUGGGGAGCCAAAUCCAGUCUAUGUGUACGAGGGAGAUGACGCCUUGAUAACGUGUGUGGUGAGGGAUAUCGGCAACAACUCAGUGGUGUGGAAGCGUGAGGAACUGGACACUCGUCGCUGGAAGUUCCUUACAGUCGGACAUUCCAGAAUAACUCUCGACUACAGGAUACAAGUCCUUCAUGAUGAUGGUGGCGUGGUUUGGGUGUUGGCCAUAAAAAACGUAAAGCAUUCCGACUCUGGACUGUACUCUUGCGAGGUCAACAGCAACCCUGUAUUUAGAUCAUACUACAAACUAUCAGUGCUGGCGACGAAUCUCCAGCCGCCACAGGUGAGCCAUGCCGUGUCACAGACGGAUGUAGAAGAUUCAGUGGAGGCCACCGCGACCACCAAUCACAACUACACCAGCUGUUGCAUAGACACCAAUGUGUCUAAGGGUUGUCUCGGCUUCUGCAACAUACAGAGUAUCCUUGAUGGUCAGACGGGGCAAGACCCAGAAAAGUGUGAAGCUGACUUUCCAGCGAUCGUGCGUUGUAUGGCAGAUGGACGUAACCAUGUUCCUUGCUGCAUGGACGAGGGAGUCCCAGAUAUCUGCCAGGAUGUGUGUAGAGGAGAGUACACUAUGAUAACAGACAACAUCAAGACUCACUUUUCCUGCUCAGCGUAUACAGAGAAGACUCUAUCCUGUAUUGUCGAGGGAAUAGAAAUACUACCUGGACAGCCCAGAAGUGUUGAAGUUGAAGGAAUAAGUGACACGUCUAUAAAAGUUUCGUGGAUCCCACCAUUUACUAAUGCAGAGACGAUAACAGAAUAUGUUGUCAACGUGACUAUGCUACGAUCAUUCGACGCCAACACGGACUCUAUAUCAGAUUCUCAGAACUCUAGUCAAUACAUAAUAACACCCCAUACUGUACAAAUUACUGUUAAGGUUUCGAAAGGAACGAACAACGCCGUUGUGGGUAACCUAGUCCCCUUCACGAUGUACGAAGUUACAGUGACGGCCAAGAACAUACAUGGAACCAGUUUACCAUCGAAUGCUAUCAGAUCCUUGACCCUCACUCCGGGUCUGUCAAAGCCAGUCAACACCGCCAAGCCUCCUAAGCUACCUGACAUCAAGGCAUGUUGCGUUGAGCAAGGCAUCACACAUAAGACGUGUUUGGAGAAGCUGUGUAACAUUCCUCAGUCGUCAUUGGCAGAAGUAACAGACUUGAUGAUCUGUGCGCCUUGGUCGCGUCAGACGUUCAGCUGUCUGGCGAACGGCAUGGACCACACGCCUUGCUGCCGCGCCCGAGGACUGCCCGAUCUAUGCCAGGACUUGUGCUCAGGCAAUAUCACUCAACUCGACUUCAGCUAUUUCAAGUGUGUGAAAUACAUGAGCACGUACUCAAACUGUUUGAUGCAAGGGUACGGUGUCCUCCCAAGUCAGCCAACAAAACUGCGGGUAUCAAAUAUUGAGACUAGCUAUGCCAUACUACACUGGGAGAAACCCAGAACACUGGGGGAGACAGUGUCUCACUACGAACUACACCACAGGUUACUCCAGGAUCAGGAGUAUACUAUUACAGACAAGGUCUUUUCUCCUUACAUCCUGGAGAACCUGACUAGCGACUCUCUCUACGAGGUUUACGUUUCAGCAGUGAAUAUCCACGGAGUGGGAGAACCCUCGCAGAGGGUGGUAUUCAGCUCACAGAGCAAGCUGCGAGAGGCCAAGGUGGAGGAGGCCGUGAACGAAUACAAUGUGACGGCAUGCUGUGUGGAGGCCGGCCUCAGCGACAUGUGUAUGCCCAUCUGCUCGUUCGACGCUAGCAUGACCAAAUUGAAGGCUCUAGGGAGCGUUUGUGCCAGUGAGUUCUCAAAGCUUCUGCGAUGUGGGGCGGGUGGCCGUAACCACCGGGGCUGCUGCUCCAGGCGGGGCGUGCCCCCCUCGUGCCUCCCUCUCUGUUCCGGUGUCAUUAUCGAGUCGGUCAUCGUCACUGUGUCUACCUGUGUGCCGUACAUCGGAAACAUCGUUCAGUGCUUCGAGGAAGGUACAGGCCUACUCCCCGGUCCCGUACAGGAGCUACACGCUGUAGAUGUCACCGACUCUGAAGUCGUAUUGAGUUGGGAGCCUCCAAACGAUCACAGCAACGUCACCGACUACGUCAUUCACUAUAAUAAAGUGGACAACACUUCCAUGCAUGAGACACUGCUUAAACUUGAUAAUCAACAAAACGCAUCUGAUACUACAGCCACCAUCAGAGGACUAGACAAAGGUGCCUUGUAUAACAUCUUCGUUGUGUCUCGCAAUGAGCAUGGAACAUCACUCCCGUCGUCUUUACUUCUCAUCAACACAACUAAGACAGAAAUGAGUGAAGGAGGUAUUGCAGGAGUAACUUCACCCCCUCACUCAAUGGCAGUCUCUAGUCACAGCGCCACGUUUGUCACAAUUUCUUGGCAGCCACCGGAGUUUAGCCACCCCUCGGAGCCGAUUAAAUAUGUGCUUUACUACAAACCAAGCUCAGAACAGGCCUUUGUAAGUGUGAAUACUUCGGUGACGUCCCACAUGAUAGACGGCCUCAGGCCGAAUACCAAGUACAUAGCUUACGUUACAGCCAUCUCCAAGAAAGGACAAAGCCUUCCUUCAGAGACUUUGGUAGCAUGGACUGACCCGGCCUUCCCCGCUUUUGUGGAGCCACCUACGGUGCACCCUAUAAAUUUGGUAGUCGAAGGGAGUAGCAUGACCAUACUGUGUAUUGCCAUGGGCACACCUAUGCCUACGAUUUCUCUCUACAUCUCUGGUCGCCUGGUAAGGCAGGAGGUGACCCGACAUAUGGUCACCGUCAUAUACAACGUCACACGAGACAUGGACCACAUCUCCUGCUACGCUGAUAAUGGAUACGGCACCCCUAUGGAGAGAAGAAGGAAGAUCACCAUCAGUCGCAAGCCGCACAUCACCGCCUCAGGUAUAACGAUGGCAGCGUAUGGCGACUCUGUUGUCCUGGAGUGUGUCGUCGAUGCUCACCCAGAACCUAAGAUGCUUUUCUGGCGAGAUUACGCCAACAGAGUUCCCGUAAUACAAGGCGCCAAGUAUGACGUCAGCAUCGCUCCAACAAAGGAUGAUCAGGAUUCCUGGUACAUGCAUUUAACUAUUAAGACCAUAACGAAGGGGGAUGAAGGAGACUAUUACUGCCACGCUGAGAACAAUUUUGGGAACGACACCCAGCCGGUGUCCGUCCGAAUACGAAAUAUUCCUUCCAUCAACAACGUAACACAGUGUUGUAUUGAACAAAAUGUCUCAUCCUCCUGUCAAGAUGCUUGCUCAUUCUUCCUCGACAUUGACGCUGUUAUUGACAAGCCAGAAUGUAUAAACGACUUUCACAAGUUGAUGAAAUGUGCUGCAGACGGAUCUGACCACCGCAGCUGUUGCGCUCAUAACGGCGUGGAGCGACUCUGCCUGGACUGGUGUCGUGGAGAGCCGUUGUAUACCCCUGACAGCAAGGUCUGCCUUCUCUCGCACACUAAACGUAUCAUGUCCUGUUUCCGGGAGGGUAGAGAUCGACUGCCUGGCCCACCAGUAAACGUGAGGAUAGAAAAGUUGGAUUCUACGUCAGUUGUUGUGCGCUGGGAUCCUCCUCAGAAGAAUCCGCACACAGUAGAAAUGUACAGGGUGUUCUGGAGGCAGUACGGUGUAAGGAUCCCCCCUCUGAAGAACGACAGCCGCGCCACAAGCCUCAGGAUCACGGGCCUGAAGGAGGGAGUUACCUACGAGUGUGUGGUGAAGGCGGGCAACACACGCGGCACCAGCGUCCUCACUGAACCCGUCAAGUUUGUCAUGGACGACAAGUACACUGUCAUCCUGCCUGCAACGUCCAACGAUCACUCGCAAGGAUUGAUGAUCGUGGGGGUGAUGCUAAUGCUGGUAGUUGUGGUUGCCAUGGUAACGGCAGCUGUGUGGCUGGUCAGAACUAAAGUACUUCUGGGUAGGAAGUCCUCAGGAGGAGUAGCGUUUGAGAAUCCCAGCUACCUCAGAGAAGUGAAUAUGGAUCACAUACAGGUAUUAUUAAAUUUGUAGUUUUAUUUAUAAAAU